CCACCAUCUAUUUCAUUCCAAUAUAUAGUUCCUAAGGAUUACCCUUUCUCUACACACCCUGAACCUAAGAAUCCCACAUACUCUAUAAUUUACUUAUACAACCCACCAAAAUGUCCAUAGUUGCUGAAGCACCAGGUUACAUACAAGUCUUUUCCGAUGGGUCUGUGAAUCGUUUUGCUCCUGAAAUAGCCCAUGCGUCAACAAAAUCAUCCGUUAAAUACAAGUCCAAGGAUAUCAUCAUUGAUGCAUCAAAACCAGUAACUGCAAGAAUGUUCCUCCCUGACAUUCCAGCAUCCCUCGAUCAGCUUCCUGUUCUUGUUUAUUUCCAUGGCGGUGGUUUUUGCAUUGGCUCAACCACAUGGCUUGGCUACCACAUUUUCCUUGGCGAUCUUUCUGUUGCAUCCCAAUCCAUUAUCCUCUCUAUAGACUACCGUCUUGCACCAGAAAAUAAGCUUCCCAUAGCCUAUGAUGAUUGUUAUAGCUCGCUUGAUUGGCUAAGUCGCAAUGUGAACUCUGAACCAUGGCUUGAAAAAGCUGACCUCUCUCGUGUGUUCCUAUCGGGGGACAGUGCUGGUGGGAAUAUAGCUCAUCAGGUUGCUGUUAAGGCCAUCCAGAACAAAGCAUUUCCUGUUACUCUUAGAGGCCUGCUGUUAAUUCAUCCUUACUUUGGAAGUCAAAGAAGGACUGAACUGGAAUUGGCUGAUGGGUCAGCUGGGGAUGUGGCGAUGAACGAUAUGUUUUGGAGGCUAAGUCUGCCAGAAGGAUCAAACCGUGACUAUUAUGGAUGCAACUUUGAGAAGGCAGAACUUUCAACAGCUGAGUGGCAUCGCUUCCCAGAUGUGGUUGUUUACUUGGCGGGGUUGGACUUCCUGAAGGAAAAAGGGGUAAUGUAUGCCGAGUUUUUGCAGAAGAAAAAUGUGAAAGAAGUGAAGCUGGUUGAAGCUGAGGGCGAGACACAUGUUUAUCAUGUGUUUCAUCCCGAAUCAGAGGCUACUCGUUUGCUCCAAAUGCAAAUGAGUGAGUUUAUAGACAGCCUUUAG